AUGGCAGACAAGAAAGAAAAGUCUAGCGCUCAAGCUACAGGAAGCACUGAAAUGGGAAGAUCUCAAGAAGAUGAAAUUUUAGCACAAAAUCCGAAACCUCAAAUCGCAUACAGGUCGUACCCUAAAUCCACAGACUGUUUCCUCGCUCAUCAUCUUCGUCACCAGAAGCUUCAGAUAACUCGUUCAGAGUUUCUUACCUCAUAG